GAGAGAGUGUGUGGUCCUAAAGCCACGUGUUUCUGCAUGCGGGGCUCCAUCUUCACUUUUGCCAAAAAAAAAACCAACCAACCUUUCGAUUCCAUCAUCCCUUCAAUUAGUUGCUUCCAGUAGACUUUGAGUGACCAAAUUUUCAGCCGAUAAGUUGCAGAUUCUCCAGCUGCCAUGGCGAUCGUCUCUGCCGGUCUCUUCAAACACCCCACCAGAUCUACCGGUAUUGCUGGUGUUGGUCUUCUUGGCACUUUCACAUAUUGUCACACAUAUAAGAUCAACCGAGUCAGCUUCUCCAGUUCUAUUCCUUCUUCUUACUAUUGCCAUGCAACACUAUCAACAACGAUGGAGGAAGUGAAGUCAACAUUUGACGCAGAUGAAGCUGCUGUAUUGGUUAACAAGCUCAGGAAAACCUUCAAUUCAGGCAAGACAAAGAGCUAUGAAUGGAGAAUAUCACAAUUGGAAAGCAUAUCAAAGAUGGUUGAUGAAAAGGAGAAGGAAAUUAUUGAAGCACUCUAUGAGGACCUCUCGAAACCUCAACUUGAAGCGUACCUAUCAGAGAUAUUGAUGGUAAAAUCCUCAAGUAAGUUGGCCCUGAAAGAACUUAAACAAUGGAUGAUCCCGAAAACGGCUGCAACUUCAUUGGCAUCUUAUCCAUCGUCGGCAGAAAUUGUGUCAGAACCUCUUGGAGUUGUCUUGGUCAUAUCUACCUGGAACUUCCCUUUCUCAUUGUCACUUGAGCCCAUAAUUGGAGCUAUUGCAGCUGGUAACGCUGUGGUCCUCAAACCAUCAGAAAUUGCUCCAGCCACAUCAUCACUGCUUUCGAGGUUACUAGGGGAAUACAUGGACCAAUCUGCUAUAAUAGUUGUUGAGGGUGCUGUUGCUGAGACCUCGGCAUUACUAGAACAGAAGUGGGAUAAGAUCUUUUUUACAGGUGGAGCAAGAGUUGGGCGCAUUGUGAUGGCCGCUGCAGCUAAGAACCUUACACCAGUAACUCUUGAACUUGGAGGAAAGUGCCCAGCUGUUGUUGAUUCCAAUGUUAAUUUACAAGUUGCGUCGAGGAGGAUUGUAGCUGGCAAGUGGGUAUGCAACAAUGGACAAGCUUGUAUCGGUGUUGAUUACAUCAUAACAACAAAAGAAUUUGCUCCAAAGUUGAUAGAAGCUCUAGUGAGUGUAGUGGAGGAGAUAUUUGGAAGAGAUCCAAUGGAGUCGAAGGAACGAUCCUGCAUUAUAAACUCGUUCCACUUCUCUCGUUUAGUAAAUCUCUUGGAUGAGGAUAAAGUGUCUGACAAAAUCGUCUUUGGAGGCCAGAGGGAUGGGAGCCAACUACAAAUAGCUCCAACAAUAUUGUUGGAUGUUCCUGAGGACUCGUUGAUAAUGCAAGAAGAAAUAUUCGGACCAUUACUUCCGAUAAUGACUGUUGAAAGGUUGGAAGAUAGCUUUGCCAUGAUAAACCGAAAGCCGAAACCUCUUGCCGCGUAUCUCUUCAGUGAUGAUGAACAGAUCGAAAGGGAGUUUGUGCAAAAUGUGUAUGCUGGAGGAAUGGCUAUUAAUGACACCAUUCUACAAGUCACAGUUCCGAGUCUGCCUUUCGGAGGAGUCGGGGAGAGUGGAAUGGGCGCAUACCAUGGGAAAUUCUCUUUUGAUGCUUUUAGCCAUAAGAAGGCGGUUUUGUACAGAAGUUUCGCUGGGAAUCUCCGACAAGGUACCCGCCUUACACGCCAGAAAAACAAAAGCAAAUCAAAGCCUUACUCAGUGGAAACAUAUUUAAAAUUAUUCUUGCUUUACUCGGAUGGUUUAAAGACUGAGUCAAUGCGCACAGAUCCGCUGGAUGAAGGAUAUGGUUGUCCCUUGUUCCCAUAUGUAAUGGGUAAAGGGAAGUAAGAUAAUAGGUUGUCCUAAUAUUA